AUGACGACGGCGCGUAUGACCCAAAAUUGGCACAACAUCAACAACUCGCUUGCAUGCAGGCCCGAAUCGUUACUCGAUUUUGUGGGCAAAGAGUAUGGUGUCUUCACCGAAGGCUUUGACGAGGAGAAGGUAGCCAGCGGAGAGCUGAGUCUCGGUCAUGAUUGGGACACAUUGAGCGCGGAAGCCAAGCACGCAGUGGGAGAGCUUGCGCAGCACCUUGUGGACGACGGCCUGGAGACGGGGAUCUUGUACACGCGCAAAGUGCUGUGGGAGGUUGAAUUGGGAAACUCGGAUCCCAACAAUUUGGUGGUGUGCAUCGGCGAGCCGGUCACAGCAAGCGACACGAAGCCGUCCAUGGCCGAGGUCGUUUUUGCGCUCGUCCACGAACGACUGGUCUCCGAGAGGCAGAGGAAGGAGGACGAAGAGGAGGACGCAGCAAGGGCGGCGUCUGCCAGGGAAGGAACGCAAUCAGGAUAA